CAAGCUCGGCGGGCCGAAUCCCGGUUUGGUGAGCUAGCUGGGAGGUGUUUACAGCCGCUGUCAUGGUUCGUACGCUAAACUGCAUCGCCGCUGUGUCCCAGAACAUGGGCAUCGGCAAGAACGGGGACCUGCCGUGGCCCCCGCUCAGGAACGAAUUCAAGUUUUUCCAAAGAAUGACCACAACUUCCUCAGUAGAAGGUAAACAGAAUUUGGUAAUUAUGGGGAGGAAGACAUGGUUCUCUAUUCCCGAGAAGAAUCGACCUUUAAAGGACAGAAUUAAUUUAGUUCUCAGCAGAGACCUCAAGGAACCUCCACAAGGAGCUCAUUUUCUUGCCAAAAGUCUGGAUGAUGCCUUAAAACUUAUUGAGCAACCAGAAUUAGCAAAUAAAGUGGACAUGGUUUGGGUAGUAGGAGGCAGUUCUGUUUAUAAGGAAGCCAUGAACAAAACAGGCCAUCUUAGACUAUUUGUGACAAGGAUUAUGCAGGAAUUUGAAAGUGACACAUUUUUUCCAGAAAUUGAUUUGGAGAAAUACAAACUUCUGCCAGAAUACCCAGGUGUUCUAUCUGAUAUCCAGGAGGAGAAAGGCAUUAAGUACAAAUUUGAAGUAUAUGAGAAGAACGAUUAAUGUGAAGAUGUUUUCUGAUUUAUUUCAAGUUAGUUGCUCCCCCUGCCCU